AUGGUGCAGAAGAAUGCAAUCCAGGGUCGCCAAAAGAUCACCAUGAAAAAGAUAGCAAAGAAAAAUAAUCUUCAAGUAACCUUCUCUAAACGCCGUGCGGGGCUUUUUAAAAAGGCUAGUGAACUCUGCACCCUUUGUGGAGUUGAUAUCGCAAUCAUAGUGUUCUCCCCUGCAGGCAAGGUCUUCUCUUUUGGCCACCCUAAUGUCGACUCCGCCGUCCAUCGGUUUCUCACUCGAAACACUUCCAGCGUGCAUUAUGACAUUGUCGAAGCUCAUCCAAAUGCUAACAUCCCUGAGCUUAAUGCACAAAUAACUAAUCUUCUUGAGAUGUUGGAAGGUGAGAAAAGGAAGGGCCAAGCACUUGAUGAAGUAAGGGAAGCUGGUCGAAGGCAAUGCUGGUGGGAAGCCCCCAUCCAUGAACUCGGGUUGAGUGAGCUUCAACAGUUGAGAAAUGCGCUGGAGGAGCUGAAGAGGAAUGUGGGGAAACAAGCCAACCUGAUGCAGGCUGCGGUUGAGUGCAGCAAUGGCUGGCCAUUUUUGAAGCCAAAUGGUGUAGGAAUUAGUAAUUUUGGCACUCAAGGAAAUGAAACGAAUGCUUCUUCUAGUUUUACUCAAAUGCAUAAAUUUGGUCCGGACCUGUAUUUUGAUUUUUGA